AAUGGAAAAAUCUUGUGAAAUCGCCAUGUUGGCAGCGUCUCCUUUUGACAGGAGAGGUUAGAUACGUGGCCGAUGAAUUUAACUUAAAUCUCAGAAAUGUGUUCAAAAGUGAUAAUCUCCCUUCUGCUCCUGUACACAUCCUCAACAUCUGCCUAUUUCAUAACCGUGGACGCGCACGCCGAGGAAUGUUUCUUCGACAAGGUGGAAGCUGGCACAAAAAUGGGCUUGACUUUCGAGAUAGCCGAAGGGGGCUUCCUGGACAUUGAUGUCCGGAUCGUGGGCCCCGACGAUAAGGUUAUCUACCAGGGCGAAAGGGAGACUUCGGGGAAGUACACUUUUUCGGCGCACACUGCCGGCACUUACACGUACUGUUUUUCGAAUAAGAUGUCGACAAUGACGCCCAAAGUGGUCAUGUUUAAUAUGGCCAUUGGUGAGGGCCCCAAGGCCGAGCACCAGGAGGGCGAUUCCACGAAUAAGUUGGAGGAUAUGAUCCGGGAACUGAGCGCAUCGUUGACUGGGGUUAAGCAAGAACAGGAGUAUAUGCAAGUCAGGGACCGCAUUCACAGGAGUAUUAAUGAAAACACAAAUUCAAGAGUUGUGAUGUGGUCAUUUUUUGAGGCCCUAAUUUUGGUCGCGAUGACUCUUGGACAGGUUUAUUAUUUGAAGCGAUUCUUCGAGGUACGGAGAGUCGUUUAAGUCACUUUUUGUUGUGAAAUUUUGUAAAUUAAUAUUUAAUAAGAAUUUUUAAUAAAAAAUGUCACAGAA